AUGGGCAGCUCUCACGAAUCCUUAAGCAAUGGUAAACCAGCUGAUCCAGGACUUCAGAUUAUUCGUCAUCCCGCGUACCAAUCUUACAGCAAAUUGUCUUGGUUUGAUAUAAGGGUGUUUUAUGUCCGAAUCAGCAAUUUCAAGGUUGACGAUUCAACUCCACAAUGUCUAUCUCUCAACCAUAUCCCUCUGAGUCCUGACACUCUCCUUGAAGUGAACGGCGCGAGGUGUUCCAUUUACUCUGAUGGAGCAUCAUGUCUUCUUCGAAGGGAUAGAGUGGAUAAGAAAUCCGAGGAGGUCACGUUUGUGAGCACCCAUAGUGUAAGGUUGACAGGCAGUGUAAAAUUCGAGGUGUUCCAUAAAGGAGAUCUUUUGCUUUCUGGGGUUUUAGAGAUGUCAUGUAGCAAUGGUUACACAGGGGAGUCAAAAGGGAAUACCAGGAAAUGGAGCAUGAAUUGUGAAACAGUGAUGAGUACCAGUGCAGGAUUCUUGAAGGGCAAGCAAAUUAUGGGUUCUGAGUCAUUGUCACCAACCAUCGAAGUUUAUGUUACAGGUUGCUUCUUGGGGGAACCAGUUAUCUUAACAAAGACACUGCAACUUAAUUGUCACAAGAAGCACCAUAGGAAGGGAAUGCUUGAUUCAAUACCAGAGUAUGAUACAUCUGAAUCGCAAAAGGAUAAUCCCCGACUCGAUAUGCAGGUUACAGAAUACAUAAGCUACAAACCUGAAAGUGAGGAAGACUACGAUAAUAUGUACUGGAGACAAACGGAAUACAUAGAAGGCGAAGAUGGGGAAUUAUCCUGGUUCAAUGCUGGUGUAAGGGUGGGAGUCGGAAUUGGCCUUGGUAUUUGUCUCGGUGUUGGUAUAGGAGUCGGUUUGCUCGUUCGAACUUACCAAGCCACCACUGGAAACUUCAGAAGACGGCUUAUGUAG